CGUUGACAAUCUGUUGGGUUGGCCGCUGGCCGAGCCGGCGCAGUCCUCACAUCGCAUGGCUGCGGAUGGCCGGCAGAAGUCCUUGGACUUCCUGGCCAGAUCCUUCAGCGACGCCGUGGGGCGCGGUGAUGCCGGACCUUCGGGGCCUUUGGAGGAGGCUUGGGCCGAGGUGGUUGCUGGAGGACUGGCACGGCGCUUGGAGGCGGCGGCCUGGCGCUGGGCGUCGUCCGGUCACGACGUCGGGCGGCCCUACCGGCAGAAAAUCCGAUUCCUGGCUGGUACUUUGAAACGCCCGGAGAGCGAGCAACUCUUGCAGAAGGCUUUGCGCUUCGAGGUCUCAGCCUCGGAGUUGGUGGCACGUCCAGAGGAGGCGGCGGGACCAGGUCUGCUGACGGCCCACCCCAAGGGCCUUCCAGGGCCGCCAGACGUCUUUGAAGAAAUCCUGUUUUCCCGUUUGUGACCUGAAUCUACAGUGAAGUUAACUGAAUGUUAAUCGAAUUCUUUUAUUCCUUGUUUUCAGGAAUCUCAUUCUUUGCAGUGAGGUUCCCAGUUUUGAUGGAAUAGGCUACUAGAACAUACUAGGACUAUGUUUGCAGAUGUGGGCUCCAGCUGUUUGGCCCCUCAACUCCUUGCAAAUGCUGAAGCAUGAUUGCCCAACACCUUCAAUUCGUGACCUUUGCAAUGUGACACGAGCCCUUCUCAACGGUUCUGAGUGGUAGGAUGUUGUAGGUUGAUGUAGGUUGCUUGAAAGAUUCGAAACAUAUGUGCUUGUCCGGUUGCCUAAUCAUCGUUGUUGUAUCUAUAUAUAACUCCCCGCCUUCACGGAUCAAGGCGGUUGAGUUCUCCUGCCAUUCUUUUGCCAUACAGUUGAUAUGUUUCCUGCCUCGAAAACACCGCUUUGAUUUGGGGUAGAGCAAAGCAAACUCUUUGCUGUUUAGGCUGGGAUGACCCCCCAAACAGCGAUCGUCUCUAGGACUUCCUGGACGAUGCCCAGCGCGAACUCCGCGAGAAGCACCGGGCGGAGGGUUUGGCCUCCGUGUGCCUCAA